AUGCAACCGUUUGCCAACCUGUAUUGGACUCCAGAUUACAUUACUGGGUUGCAAAAUCUUCAAUCGCAUACGUAUACUUCAUUGCAUCAAUUACACGAUUUUCGCAAGUUGAUAUUCAAUUAUUUGAAAUACUUUCAUUCCAAUAGCGAGUACUUGAGUAAAACCAGCAAUGAAUUGGCAUCAUCUGACUCAUUCAAGGGUAAAGUGGGCGAGAUUCCAAAAUACCAUUCAUGUAUCGAAAUUUUCAAGAACGAAAUGAUGGGUGAAUCAACGACUUUGUUGCAAUUGGCAUCUAAUAUAGACAAGUUUGUUCUAGAUGAUCUAACGAAAUAUCUAAAACAUCAUGAGCCUAAUAUCAAAAAGGAGUUUAGCCGGUUGGAGGAGCUAUAUGAGGAAUAUAUAGCAUUAAGUCAGAAAUUGGAAAAAAGCAAGUCAAAAUAUUUUGAUGAAUUAAGAUUAAGGGAAAGUUCACAUGAUAGUGCACCAGUGCAACAACAGGAGGAUGAGGACGAUUACGACUAUAGUGAUGAUGAAUCGUAUUCUGAGGAGGAUUCACAAAGCAGUGUACGACGAGAUAUGAGUGUUGACUUACAAUUUCCACUACAUGUUGGUACUGUCAUAUUCGAAACAAUGGAGAACUUUCAAGUAAUUCUAGCUCAAUUGAUCGCCGAAACACCCACUGUUAAGCGAAAAAUUCCUAUUCCAGGUUACAAGAAUGAUUUAUUUGCCAGUGAGUCACUUUGUGAAGUGGUAAAUGAACUACGAAUCGAAGGGAUGAAACCAACUAGAUCUAAUCUUGAAAAAUUUGGACAAUCAUUGGUCUCUUUGAAAUUACUCAAUCCGACAAACAUAUUCCAAAAACGGUUCAAGAGUGAAGGCGUUUGGUUUGAGUGGUCAGAUUUGGCAUUGCAUGUAUCUCAGAUUCAAAAUGAGUUUGAACCAUCCACACCAAUCAAACAAUCGACCAAUCCCGGUCGUAAAGUCUCAUCCCCUUCAUCAAAGUUUAUGAGUGAUAUGGCUGAAACAACCACUAGAUUUAACAGUAUGUUCAACAAUGUAAAAAGCUCGCUUUUGAAGAAAAAUUACGAAGAAGUUGUGCUGGAAAUAAUAGAUCAAUACAAUGAACAAAUUCUCGAGCUACAAGAAUUGGUGUACUUGUUACAAAGAGGGUUCUCCGAUUUGGCACAAUUUUUGGAGAAAUUUGAACUGACAAAAAUCCAAAUUAUAUACACUAGCUCGGCGAAGUUGCUGCAAAUAAUCCAAAAGUUUCAUCUCCAACAAUUCAACCAAAUUCAAGCUUGUGGGAGGGGCAUCGCAGAGUUGAACAAGAAGCAAAACUACGACCAUGAUCUAAUUCUGCAUUUGAACAACCUGGAUACCGGUAUAUUGUUUCCAUUGGCUGGGGAAACGGCAUUUUCUCCACAGUCUUUGAAAUAUCAGUAUGAUCUAUAUGAAGAUAUUUCGUCUCAAGUAUCCCUGGGUCAGGUUAUCAAUGACUGUCCGCUAAGUCUUUUUUCAGUUUCACUUAUUAUUCAUCGUCUUCGACAAGUGAUUGAAAGUCACAAGGACAAAGAUUUGAAAUCGAUUUGGCUACAGCCAUUGGAUUUACAAUCGGCGUGGAAGAUCAAACAAAAUGUUACACGCAUUGUUUCUCAGUGUUCCCCACCCCUAGAUGAAUCUGUAAAGGACCAAAAAGUGCAUAUAAUUGACAAAGUGAUAGAGUACUUUGAAGACAGCAAAGUUGACGAAGCUAUAAUGUUUUUCAAAAGUUGGUUGUUUGAACUCAAGGACAGUAUCAUUCCGUUUACUGCAUUCGAUUCAGUAACAAACUUGUACAAUGGAGAGCAUUCAGACACCGAUUUGGUUAAAGUGCUUUCAUCAUUGCCAAGAUGCAACCUAGCUUGUUUGCUUUCAAUCACAGAGCAUCUAAGCGUGGCUUUUCUGUUGGAUAUUUUUCAAAACUACGGUAUAUCAGAUGAGCUUAAUGAAAAUCCCGCAAAGAAUUUUAGUGAAUUAACCAACGUUUCAAAACAGUUGAACAAUACAGAUGCAAUUGGAUCUUUACCAUUUGUCCACUUCAUCAUGAGGCCGUCAUCUGGAAAACACAAGAGUGGGUUCAAGCCACCUCUUGAUCAUUAUAUCCAAUUUCUUGCUGAAUUACUAAAGAUUGAGACCAGGGCAGCUUUAUUUGACAAACUAAUCGAGCACGAGACAAAGUACAAACAAAAGAAGGAGUCAGAGUUAAAAACUGGGUUACAAUUUAAGAAAGUGCCAAUAAUUGAAACUCCAAGCACUCGACGCGAAAGUGAACCAAAAUCAGAUAUCGAGGAAGGUUUAAUGACGCCAACCAAGCAAAAACACUUGGAUUUGAAAGCACCAAAUCCAAUCAGUACAGAUGCGUUUACACUUCGACCAUUCAAAACCAAAUCAACGCCUUUACCUUCGCCGAGAAGCUCACCAAAACAUGACUUGAAAGAAAAUGGUGAUGAAAAUAGAUCAAGAAGCUCUUCAGUUUUGGGAGGAUCAAUUGAUGUUCAUUUUGAUUAG